AUGUCGUCUGAAGAGGAUAGCGAGUACAAGGGUGAGGGCAUCCAGGCCGACGAGCAGGUCGAGGACACCAUUGAUGAAGGGACCGCCGACUCGGGCGCCACACUCCAAUCUGACGAGGCCGACGCCGCGGACAAGUCCAACAUCAUCAAAGAACGAACUCGGGGCGCCGAGCCCGCUGCUGGCUCCUAUGCCGAACCUGAUGAAGAUUCGAUCGGUGAGGACAGUGAGGGAAACGCCGUGCGCAAUGACUAG